AUGAUACCUGUUUCACCAGAAAUACGAGAGUUAUUACAAGCAUAUGGUGUUGAACGACAUAUGAUGGCAUAUUUCAACCGGAAAGAACCUAGCAAAAUAUAUGUGAACGCUUAUGGACAAUUGCACUUCAUUGAUUUAUCAAUGGUUAAUGGAAUGAAUGGUACUGUUGUACAGAAUUUAGCUCUAAAAGCUUGUGAAUUAGUUCAAAAUGAUCCAAUUGUUCGGAAUGAUUUGGAAAAUGAAUUGAAUAAAGUGAUUCAACGAGUUUUAUCAAAACUUGCGGAGAAACGUGGUAAAAAUGAUGUUGCCAUAGUGAACGAAUCACCAAAGUCUACAAGCGCUUCUACGUGGCAAAUUUUAACUGAUUCUGAACGUGAAGCAUUACAGAGAGAGCGGCGUAAAAAGAACGCAUAUAAAACAUCACUCUGUAGAUCAUUUCGAGAAAAUAACACUUGUCCUUAUGGUGAAGAAUGUGUCUUUGCUCAUGGUGAAAAAGAGCUUCGUCUUCCACCUCAGGCUCAUCCAAAAUACAAAACUCAAUUAUGUAAUAAGUUCUCAGUGUGGAAUUAUUGUCCAUAUGGUGCCCGCUGUCAAUAUAUACAUCAACGUGUGAAUGAAAUGUCAAAAGUGGAUGCAAAUUUAAAGAUUAAAACAAAAUUGGAUGAAGACAUUGAUAAGAAUUUUUCAUCCUUGACUUUCCAACAUCCUUCUAGGAAUCUCAUCCUAAGACGAACGAAUAAACGUAUUGAAUGCAGCAAUUCACCGAUUGCUCUUGGAAAUCAUUCAUCGUUUGGUGAACAUGGCGGAUUUUCUUCCUCUCUAGCAAGCACCGAUUUUAAUUAUGAUGAAAAGCGAAAACAAUCUCUGGAGUCAUCCGGUUUAUUUGGUCCGGAUUGUCCUAGCUACAACAAUAGCGAAUUUCAUCUUAGUACGGAAGCAGCUACAAAUAAUAUUCUAAAUCAACUUCAUGAACAAUUUAAUAAUAUGAAGAGUGAGGAUAACAACAAUAUAUUUUCACGAUCUUGUUUUUCCCGAAUUGGAUUAGAUGAAGUUGAAUGA